UUGGUCUUUGCCUAUUUUUGUAGUAAAGAGCGAGAGAGCUUUACUCAGUCAUUUACAUGAUUUAGGAUGACGUUUCAGUAAAUCUUAAUGAAACCAUCAGUAUUUCAUAUAAAAAAAUACACUACCAGUACCAUAAGUUUGUUUAAUACGAAGAAAAAAAUAAUUUGUUCGUACCGUAAACAAUCCAAAAAGUGGAAAAUUCAGUUAACACAUGGCAACUCCUUGAUACUUUAAGUGUCACUUUUCGCAAUUUCGUACAAUUCGUACUUUAGAAAAUAAAUAAACAAAACCAACAAUGUAAUGUUAUUAUUGUAAGAAAACAAUGAAUUAUAAUAAUAUGGAUGACUGCCCGGAGUUAGUGAUAAAGAAACUAUGUUGUACGUGUUUAUGUAGAGAUAGGAAACUAUUUCAAUUGUGCAGGAUAAACGAUGGGAUCAACAAUUUAUAUUCUUUGCUGUCCUACGACUCUGAGGCUUACAGGGAAGGGUUUUUCAAAGAUACAGCAAGUUUGUACAUCUGCUGGGAGUGCAGAGCUAUCAUGUCCAAGAUAGGGAGGUUCAGACAGCAGGCCUGCGUCGCACAGCGGCAGCUCACCAUGAUAGCUGAUGGACGGACUGAUAUAAAAACCCGCUGCCUAUCUCACCUAACCUACCACAGACCUAACCAAAUUAUAACCAUAGAUUCAAACACAACCAUAGACAACCAAAACUUUAUAGACUGCGGCAAAAGCAUAAAGUCGGAGAGUGAAGAAGACAUUCCUCUAUCAGAACUAACGCAAGCAAACAGCAUAGAAAUAGAAAGAAGAAGAUUUUCAAGAGAAGAAAAAAUAGAGCUAGCGGAAGAAGUAGCAGAGAACAGAAUAGAAGCAGAAAAAAGAAUCUUAAAAGACGAAAAGUUGGAGGAAGAUUGUUUUUCAACUGUGUUAAUAGAUGAAAGUGAGAUGGAAGAUGUUAGAGGGAGAAGGAGAAUGGAGAAAGAGUUCUUUUUGGCGGAAUUUAAGUGCGAAAGUUGUGUAAUAAUAUUCUUAAGUGAAGACGAGUUGUUCAAACAUUGUGAAGUACAUUUAGAGAAACCAAAUUAUACGAAAUGCGAUAUAUGUCUCUCAUAUAUAAGUGAUUCUCAAUAUGAAGUACAUAGGGAAUCUCACUUGAAGAAAUAUAUUUGUAAAUAUUGUUUAUAUGAGGCAUAUGAAAUUAAAGAUAUGAUGAUACAUUUAAGUAAAGGACAUGCUGUGAAGAAUCCGAAUGGUAAACGAAAAAAGGGUAGGCGGAAAGCAGAAAGAAUAUUAAAAUCAGAGAUCAAAAAUGGAACUACCAACCUGACAGAGAAACGGACAUCAUUCGGAUACGGAUGCACGGAAUGUGAUAAAUGUUUUGAAAAUAAGAAUCAAAGAUGGAAGCACAUACAGAUUCACCACAGAGAAGGUUACAAGUGUCCCACCUGUGGAAAGAGAUUCGCGUUCAAAAAUCAUCUCUCGAGGCAUGAACAACUCCACCAAGGCCCAUUUCCUCGUGAGGAGUGCCCCGUCUGUCACAAGAUGAUAAGAGUCGAUCUAUUAAAGAUCCACUCUCGUAUACAUUCGGACAGACAGACAUUUUCAUGUAUUGAGUGUGAUAAAUGUUUCGUAAGCCGAGCGUCCUACGAACAUCAUCUGAAGUACACACAGGCACACGCGCAGAGUGAUUUGCUCAAAUACAAAUGCACAAUGUGCGAUAAAGGAUAUCGGUCUAGAGGUGAGCUGAGAGACCACACGAACUAUCAACAUAUGGGGAAGACUCAACACAAGUGUCCUGUCUGUGGGAAGGCCCUGGCUACUCGUCGCUGUAUCACUCGUCACGUGAGGCGCGCUCACGACGGCGUCAAGGAAAGCGCUCGGGAUAAGAUCUGUCAACAGUGUGGAAAGGCAUUCAGGGAUAAGAAGAGUCUUCGAGAACACGAGUUGAUACACACGGGCGAGCGACCGCUGUCGUGUGAGGUCUGCGGGUGUACGUUCAGGCAGCGAGCCUCACUGUACACCCACAGGAAACGGGUGCACAAGAUAUACCCAGACACCAAGCGAGUCACUCUGUUGACAGAUACUUGAAUAUGUGCCUUUUGAGACUGAAUUGACUUUUGUGACUUAGACAAAUCUAUACUAAUAUAUAAAGCUGAAGAGUUUGUUUGAUUGUUUGUUUGAA